CACCCCAACAAAACCAUUAUUUGCAUCUGCACCCAUAGUGAAGAACAAAGGAGAAAUUAGUUCACAAUCAUGGCAUAAAAGAAGCAGCAGCAGCAGAAGAUCAAGAGAGACGAAGCGAAGAUCGAUUCAAUGUCCAUAUAAAAAGGAAAAGAAUUGAAUUGUAUUGUAUUGCUCAAAUCCAUGUAGACAGAAAAAUGGCGAAUCCCAGAAGAACCUCCUACGCCUCCAACCUCCCCAUUUCCGAACCCUUUCCGCAAUUCCAAUCUCCGGCCGCCGCCCAAUCCACGGCGGCGACGCUCAUCACCUCCGCCAAGGUAUUCCUCAAAAAGCCCCACGCCUUCCCCUUCCUCCUCUCGAUCUUCCUUCUCCUCACUUGGAUUUCUCUCCGGCUGCAACACGCCUCCGGCGAUUCCGCGUUUCACCGCUCUUCGGCGGCGGCGUCGUACGGUACGAGCGCCAAGGACGUCGGCGGCGGCGGCGGCGACGACGGUCAUUUUAGGGAUUCCGAUGCCAACGCAGUGAAAUUCUCCGCCUCGUCUUCUAUUGCGAUGAAGGAUAAGCGUGGGUGGUUGGUUAAUCCGAUUACUCUCGCCAUGGAUUUUGAUAUUCAAGGUGGGGCGGUUUCGUGUGCGUCAAUUCAUGUCGGAGAGAUCCAACCAGGAAAGAUGAGGGGAAACCACAGGCACCAUACUUCCAACGAGACCUUUCUAAUAUGGGGAGCCAAUACUGUAUUUAGGCUCGAAAACAAGGCUGCGAAAAAAGGAUACUCAGAGAUGGUCAUUAGCGCAGAUGAAGUUAUAGUCGGAGCCAGCCCACGCGGCACUGCUCAUGCUAUGGUGAACAUUGAUGCUGAACGAACGACGUAUUUCUUGGGCUGUCAAGACAACAUAGUAAAUUACAAUGACAACACAACUGACUUUAAGGUUUGGAAAGAUCUAUAGCUUUUCUUUGUUCCUUUCUUACCUUAGAUAUAAAUAUCGAAGCUAUGAUUGUUGUCGACCAGAUGGUAUAGCUGAAGUUCCUGUUUAUAAUACACUUCUUUUCUUUUUGUAAAUCUUUGCGCGAUCCCUUUGGCAUUUUUUUGAUCGAUAGUAACAUUCUUAGAGCAAGGGAAAUGAGCUAUGAUCGACCGAUGAUCGUGAUAGCAAAAAUUCGGGGAAAAGUAUAUAGGAAAAAAAUUAUUUUUAGCA